AUGGCCCACCACGUUCAUGGAAGACGAUCGGCCAGCGACAAAUGGCCGCCGUCACUACCAGAUCAGCAAGAAACACUGGUAGACAAGACAUUUGUGUUCAGCGCCGAUGAGCUUAUUGCUUCGACAUUAGUUGGGCGAGGCAGUUUGCUCAACAAGCCUGGAAGGCUAGUCACGCUCAAAACUCGUAGCUCAGACUCUGAUGAGAACACACAAGCAGAGGCUGCUGGUGGUAUUAGAGUCGUGAGCACUCCUGGGCGUUUCUUUGGAGAGAGGGACUGGACACGCUCUACAGUCAAGCGUAAACAGGACCAGGCCUCAUUAGAUGCCGAUUUUGAUGACCAUUCCGGGCAUAACAAUCGUCAGCGCCACAGGCAUCGCCAAGUUAAGAAAUGGUUGGAAGAUGAUGAACCGCGUGGUGACGUUCCGCAUCGUGCCAAGCUGGGUAGACGAUCACUCGGUCAUGGUCGGCCGGUGAUAGGAAGGGUUGGCGAUGUUGACAAACGGCCUCGAGCCCCAUCUGGAGGCUCUCGUUAUGCAUCGUCGGGUACACAGACGGCUACUGGAUCAGUCCCGCCUUCUGUAGGAGAUGUACCUGUACUUCCGGGACACACUGGAGGUGACAAGACUGGGGGGAUUGGUUCUGGUAGCCCAUCAACCAGCUUGCCUACCACAGCCCCAAAGCCAGGUAACGUCCAGAUACCAGGUGGAGUGUCGCCUCCAGUUACGACAACAAAUCCAAGGUUGACAUCUCCUUCUGCUGGCCCUGUGGCACCAGGAACUGUCGCCGGACCUGGGACUGCAGUUAUAUCUGCCCCAAAGCCUGAAAAGCUUGAUGGGCCCGUGCAAUCAGGACCGGCUACCCAGCAACCUACCCAUGCUGGAGGUGUUGCAACUCUACCUGCGGCUCCUCCAACGUCGAGUGAGCCAAAGAUCCUCCCACCACCCUCAGUCCCUGGUGAUUCGGCCGUGGCGCCCAUUACGAACCCAGCUACAACCGCCCCAAGCUUCCCUUCCCCUCCGCAACAUCUUGUGCCCCUCAAAGACCAGUACAUGCUCGCAGCAACCGGCCAAACGACUCAGAUCCGCAGUGCAACACCAGGUAUCAGCGCUGGUACCGUUCCAUCUGAUCACAUCGUCUUCUCAACCUCAGACACCGGCACUCAAGCGUUUCUGACUUCGUCAGGACCCAUACUCUUUGAGACUUCCUUGGAAGCAAUCAAGGCUAAUAUAAGCGAAUUUAAGCUGUCGUUGAGCGAUCCUCUGAGACGAGACUUUAGCUCAGCUUGGAAACUUGACGAAAAUGCAUCUUACCUUCAGAGUGCUGAUGUCAACUUGAAACUUGGCUCGGAUGGCAAAUCUCUCGAAAUGACCGGUCUCAAGGUCAAGGUUUCCAAAGAUAACAGCGCUUCGCUUGUGUUCUCUACCGAUGCCAAAGUUCUCAACGAAGAGUUUGAAACUGGGUUUACCAAUGUAUCAAAAGAUAGUAGUAUCACCACUCGUACUGGUAUUGAUCGGUACCCGGGCCAUCUCCUUCUGGGCUUAGAGAUCAGUUCUGCCAACGGUGGAUUCGAGAAUCUUGCCGAUCUUUGUGCAGUCGCUCACAUAAACCCCAAGACCUGGCUCAAGACAUUGCUCAAAGGGACCAAGAUCACAUUUGGUGGCUUAGCUGGUACUCCAGCUCGCAACGCAAUGUGGUACAUCCCCGGAUCAGGAUCUGGAUGCUGUAUCCGCCUCGAAGCCUCCCUCGACCUCAAAGAAGGAAUAGUCAAGAAACUGGACAAAUAUCUCUCUGGCUGGGACGACCACAUCCCUCCCAUGUCCGUCAUUGCCAAGAGGACUGUGUCUCCAUCAUCUGGUCCUUGGGGAGAUGCCUUCACAGUGGGAGAGCUCAUCAUCGCUGCCGAGCCUGACUUUAAUGGUGAGAAGCGUGCGAUGGGUAUGUAUGUGUCGAUCGGAGAAGAUCAUAUCAAUGUCUUUUUUGUGUGCUACUCCAAAGCGCUUCAGUGGGCAGCUCUUAAGGCCUGGGUCAAGAAGACCUGUACUGAAGUGGGCAAUGCCAUUGACGAUUUGGAGAAGAUUCUUGCCAAUACUGGUCAUGGAUCCAAGACUCAGAAUGCCAGUACGUCUCACAUUUACUGGAGAAGAGUGACCGUCACACUUCAGAACAACGAGGCUGGUGGUACAACUCUGGCCGGUAUGCGCUUGGAGCUCGAAGCUUCAAUGCAAGUACUUGUACCGAAGGACAAGCAUUCAGUUUUCACUAUGGAGUUCACCUGGACCAAGGGCACUGGCGAGUUCUCAGGCGAGUGUGAGUUCAGCGGUGUUGGAAACGUAUUGGGACAGGGCAACCCUCCACUGCAGUACUAUCUUGACUACGAGCGAUGGGACAAAUUCUCUUAUCUUGACCCGUCAGAGCCGUUCAUGUCGCUACGCUGCCUCGACAGUAGUUUCGUGCAGAACCUGCCGUUCGGCGUUCCCACUGAAAUUACCGAGGCCGAUCUCUAUGUCUCUAAUCAGAGUCUGCGCGUCAGUGGCCGCCUUGAAGCUUUGAUCGGAAAGCCAACCGAGACUUCAGUCGUCUCAGACCCUUCAAAGAUUCCGUCUCUACAGAUCGAUCACACCAUGCUAGGAUUCUCUGUCAACUACGUAUACGCAUCAAAGGCCCUAAAUAUCGUUCUUGACGGAGCCGUCACCCUUCUCCCCCUCAAGGAAGGUGAUCAGCCAGCGUUGUUGGAGGCAAUGAUAACGUACUCGUCAGAAGAUAGUCUGGUGUCAUUCAGUGCGCAUGCAUCGCAUAUACCCAUGACUGCUCUACACUCCUUGUUCGCUGCAGGUGAAGAGAAGACGCAUGCGAUGUCUAUCCUUGAAAGCAUUGAGCUGCAGCGCAUCGCUUUCGACAUCACGGCGGGUAAGGGCCAGCCAACCAAGGUCGGCUUUCAAGCGGACCUCAGGAUCUCUAAUAUUCUGCUGGAGACAGUUUUCGAGCGUAAGGAUGCUAACAAUUGGUCUCUCACUGCCAACCUCCAUAAAGAAACUACAUUGGUUGGCAAGGCGUCUAAGGAGUUCACGCUCGGUGACGCUGUGCAGAAGCUCUUGGGCCGGGAAGUCCUAGACAUCCUGCCAGGCUUUGUCACUGGAACAACUUUCAAAGCAUCCAGCUCUGGUGACGACAAGUUCGACGUUGUGGUGACCCGUCUGAAUGGUACAAACUCACAUCUCGUUUUCGGUGCAGAGCUCAAGUUUGGCAUGCUUCACGUCCAAUUUGCUCAGCUAGUUCCUAUCACCGGAAAGGCAGAUAAGCCCUCACCCAUCAAGAGAAUGAUACGCGUGUCUCUGGGACCUCUACCUUCCAUAUCGAAGCUACCCAUCAUCGGAAACUUGGACAUACCGUUUGAUGCCCUUGAGUUCCUUUGGGUCAACACCAUGUUCACACAGGAGGACCUCAUUACACUGAACGGAAGUGCAGAUAUGUUCAAAAAACAGCCAUUCAAGAUGAGACCUGAGGAUAAGGAGCUAUCUGAAGGGUUUCACUUCCGUCUUGUUAGUAGUCAGGGCGUCUUCCUUGAUCAUGUCUUCGGCCAAGAUAAGCAGGAGAAGAAGAAGGCAACUCCAGCAGGUGCAGUCACUCCUGGCUCCAAGGCAACCCCUGCUCCCGUCCAAGAGAAGAAACCAUCCACAGAAGCAGUUGUUCCCAGCGGUGGCGCGCCCGCGACCACAGCCGCCCUUGAGAAGAAGAAGGGGCCUCUCACGCUCUCCGGAAUCUCAUUGUCCUAUGAAGGCGGGGUCUUGCGCAUUCAUCUUGAUGCUAGUGUUCUCAUCGGACCCAUUAGCGCCGGCAUCCAGGGUCUAAACCUCGUUGUCAGACUCGACUCCAAGCAGAUCCACGGACUGCACGACAUUCUCCAUGUCCCUAUUGAUGUCGAGGUAGAGGGGUUCGACAUGGCCUUCACUCGUAUGCCGAUCCAAAUCGCAGGUGCUUUACACCACAAGCCCGGUACAAAAGCAUACUUUGGAGGUGUCGCCAUCUCAUUGAGCACCUUUUCCAUUGCAGCACUUGGCAUGUACGAACAAGUACCAGCCAACACUGCAAAUGGCACACCAGAAUAUGACUCAUUCUUCAUCUAUGCUAUGAUGGAAGGACUCAUUUUCACUGUGGGAUGGGCAGAAGUUCGUGGCCUUAUGGCUGGUUUUGGUUACAACUCACGUCUUCGACUACCCACGGUGGAGCAGUUGUCAACAUUCCCACUCAUUCAGGGUUUUGACCAGGCGGGAGGCUUCAAUAUGAACCAAGCUGUCCAGUCGUUGACAGGUCCUGGCGCCUUUGUGACACCCAGCAUGGGAUCCAUUUGGAUGGCACUUGGUCUUGUCAUUCGAGCAUGUGAGGCUAUCGACAUGCGUGCUGUUGCAACAGUGGCUCUUGGUCCGAACCAGACUGAUAUUGGAUUGAUCGCUCGUGCGACUGCUACUCUCCCCCGACGUGCCAGUCCAGAUAAGGCUCUUGUUCUCAUUGAUCUCUCUGUAGUUGGCAAACUCGACCUUGUCCAUGGCGAGCUCUCAGUUGACGGUCUCAUCAAUCCCACUUCUUUCAUUCUCAACAAGGAUUGCCGUCCCUCUGGUGGCUUUGCCAUUAGAAGUUGGUUCGGCAAGAAUAACCCACAUUCAGGCGACUGGGUCGUCAGUUUUGGUGGUUACCAUCCUAUGUACCAAGUUCCAGCGCAUUACCCUCGUCCACAGCGAUUGGGUAUCUCGUGGACGCUCAGCUCAAACCUCAGGGUCACUGGUAAUGCAUACGCAGCUAUCACACCAGGAGCUGUUAUGGCAGGAGGAAUGCUUCAGGCUGUCUUCUCUGCUGGCCCCCUAGGCGCACACUUUGAUGCCCACGCCGACUUUCUGGUCAAUCUCAGGCCUCUGCACUACAUGGCAGAUAUGGCAGUAUCCGCAGGCGUGUAUUAUGAGAUCAGAGUCUGGCGCUUUAGAAAGAAGAUCUCUGUCAACGUGGGCGCUUCUCUACACCUCGAAGGACCACCCAUUCACGGCCAGGUGUACUUUGAUCUAUCUGUCGUCAGCUUCACUGUCAGCUUUGGCCCUGGGACCUCCGAAAAGAAGAGGCGUAUCAGUCUCCGCGAACUCAUGGAGCUUGUGCUACAGGAUGGAGGUGAUAGACGGGGGGAAAACGACGCCAUUGUGAAUCCCCAUACAUUCACAGCUGUGGCUGGUCUUCUUGGAGAUGACAAGAAGAAGAGUGACACAGUCCGCAAAGCCUCUACUAACAAGGUGGCUUCCGAUAAAGAGCGUUGGCACGUCCGUAGCGACAACUUCAUCUUUUCCGUUCGAAGUGCGGUGCCGACUAACUCCAUUGGAAUCGAAGGUCGUGGUGGCUCUCAGUACAGUGGAAACUCCAUCAUCAGCAGACCUAUGCAGAUGAAUAAGGACACAAGUGAUUCUGCCAAGAUCAAAUCGACGCUGGGCGUCAAGGUCUGGGACGUCAAGGAGAAGAAGAUCGUUCCCUUCCGCGAAGUAGCCAAGGUCGAAGAUCAACUGCCAGCCAACUACUGGGGUCCUUACUCAGAGAAUACAGCAGACUACAUGAGACCUGAUAGGAUGCCUCCUACAGUGUCACAUCUAGUCGGCGCUACUCUCGUACCUCCUGCACCUGCUGCUCCUGAGCAGUCCAUCCCUGUGUUUAAGUCAAAGUUAGAGAACCACACGGCACCAACGUGGACACCUGGGAAAAUCAAGAAGGAGUCCGUUCGCUACCUCGAUCAUGCCAAUGCCAGAGACAGCGUUAAAUGGUCUCGUGUCAAGGGUGCUAUGGGCUUAGAGCCCGAGGCAAAGAGGGAGAAACCUCCCAUGGACACAGUCCUCUUAACAGAGGCCGGAGAGGCAAAGGAGGCUGCUGCUCCUAAGCCCCUCUUAACCAAACCAUACCGUAAAGGUAUACUUGACAGCUUCAUCAGCUUGGCCUACAGUGGUGAUGACGCGGAAAGCCUCAAGGUGCAGAAAGCCUACAAAGGCAUUGGUGAUAAUGUGCCCGAUGUCAUCUUGAACGAUCCGCAGCGUUUCUACAUCGGUCCUCCAACAGUGUUUUGCAACUAAGGACAGUUGCUGAUUUACAGGCCGUGUUUUCAACGUUCGCAUAUUUCUUUCUGUGUUGCUUUCGAGAUUGUGUAUAUCCGCACACUUUGAGCCAGCUAGUUUUUCUUUGAU